UCUUUGGUUGUUACUUCAAAACUCAACACCACCCUUUCACCACUCUAUAACUCGGCUAGAAUCUUCUUUCAAGAGACAUCAUAUAAAUUCAAAAUUCAACAACAAGGGAGACAUUGGAUCCGUCUCUAUUUUCACCCUUUUCCCGAUUCCAGCCUCAACAUGACACGCGCCUCAAUAACAGUAAUCGCUGAUAGUUUCAUGCUUGUCGAUAACUUCACUUUUGUAAGCUAUACUAGCUCUCACUUGAUGAAGGAGUAUGCAAUCACUGUUACAUCUUAUGAAUUGCUUAUCACAUUCAUCCCUCAACACAAUUCACUUGUUUUUAUUAAUGCCAUUGAAGUUGUCUCGAUGCCUGAUGUGCUCUUUCCUCAGAUCCUAUACCUAAACCCAUCCAUCUCUUUCACAGAACCCGCUCUUGAAACAGUGUAUCGAUUGAACGUGGGAGGUGCAAGUAUCAAUGCUUAAAAUGACACACUAAGUAGGAAUUGGGAGAGUGACGAGACUUACUUUCGGUCUACCAUCACUGCUACGAAUAUUUCAACAAACAUAUCUACAAUAAAGCAUCCUGAUUUCUUAGAAUAUACAGCACCGCCAAUGGUUUAUGAUACUGCUAAAGCCUUGGGAAGUGUCUCAGGAGGCUACAAUUUAAGUUGGGAGUUCCAUGUAAGCUCAAACUCUCUCUACUUUGUUCGUCUGCAUUUCUGUGACAUAAUUAGCAACUCUACUAACUCUUUGGUUAUGGAUCUGUUUGUGAAUGGAUACAUUGCCUUACAAAGUCUUGACCUCGUAAGUGUUUCUGGUGACCUUGCCGAGCCGUAUUACAAGGACAAUGUGUUCAAUGCCAUAGCCGAUACGCUCACUGUAAGUGUUGCUCCUGCUACAAUAUCUAGUAUUCCAAAUGCAACCAUGAAUGGGAUAGAGAUAAUGAAGUUCGUUGACAAAUUUGACCAUGUUGUAGCAAAAUCUUCAAAAACAAGCAAGAAAUUCAAAUUGAAAUUAGGCACUAUAAUUGGACCUAGUGUCUUUGUUUUAACAUUUCUAGCAUUUCUUGGACUAACGUUUUGUUACCUAAAAUCGUGGUGGUUGAAGAAAAUAUCGCCAAAUGCUUACAAACAUCAAAGACAUUUUACUUUGCAUGAGAUCCAACAAGCAACGAACUAUUUUGAUGCUGAGCUACUUAUUGGACAAGGAGGAUUUGGUAAGGUAUAUAAAGGAACAUUUGAAAAUGGGAAAAUAGUAGCCAUCAAAGUAGCAAAUGCUGAAUCUAGACAAGGUCUCAGUGAAUUCAAUAAUGAGAUUGAGUUGUUGUCCGGUCUUGGUCAUCAAAACCUUGUCUCUCUUGUAGGUUGUUGUAAUGAAGACUCAGAACUGAUUCUGGUGUACAAUUACAUGGCAAAUGGAUCUCUCAGCAGUCAUCUAUAUGGGAGUGACUUUGUUCCUCUUUCUUGGAAGCAACGCCUUGGGAUAUGUUUAGGGGCUGCAAAGGGUCUUUUUUAUCUUCACACUGGAGCUAAACAGAGCAUAAUUCACCGUGAUGUGAAGACAAUAAACAUUCUGUUGGAUGAAAAUCUUGUGCCAAAAGUUGCUGAUUUUGGCAUAUCAAAAAAGGGCCCUCUUCUUGAUAAGAGCCAUGUUACAACCAAUGUGAAGGGUAGUUUUGGCUAUGUUGAUCCAGAAUAUUUUAGGACUAAGUUUCUCACUAAGAAAUCAGAUGUUUAUUCAUUUGGGGUGGUGUUGAUUGAAGUUAUAUGUGGGAAGCCUGCUUUAGAUGAUGCCCUUCCAACGCAACAGAUGAAUUUGGCAUUAUGGGCACUAAGCAGCCAUAAAAAAGGCACUUUCAAUGAAAUGAUUGACCCAAGUUUGAUUGGAAAAGUGAAUAUGGAUUCUCUAAACAAGGUUUUAGAGUUGGCUUGGAAGUGCUUGGAGGAGCGUCGGGUGAACAGACCACCCAUGGGGUACGUACUAUGUCAACUAGAAGAGGCUCUCCAUCUUGAGUUGGCAUCAAAUGUUUUGAAUGACAAUGUGGUUUCUACGAAUCAUGCCAAUACAAGCUAUGGAUUUACUGAUGAUAUAGGAGAUGUUGUUUGA